AGAAGAAUUCCUUUAAAAGUCAUUUUUGAAGAAGUAGACAAACCUAAACCUGUGUCUCAUCUCAAAGGAAUAUGAACAAGAUGCCUGCUGGUGACCAAGAACGUGAAUAUAAUGAAAACAGGAAGUACUACUCUAAAGGAGUUAAAUUGGUGAGAAAAAAGAAAAAAAUUCCUGGUUACUGUUGGGGGGACAUUAAGAUAAACAUCAUAGGUGAAAAGGAUGAUUCACCAAUUCAUUUCUGUGACAAAUGUGAUUUGCCUAUUAAAAUCUAUGGGCGAAUAAUUCCAUGCAAGCAUGCUUUUUGCUAUAACUGUGCUAAUUUAUAUGACAAAAUCGGAUAUAAAAUAUGUCCACGCUGUAGUUAUCCUGUGCUGCGAAUUGAGGAGCAUAAACGAGGUUCUGUCUUCAUGUGUAGUGUUGUUCAGGGAUGCAGGAGAACAUAUUUGUCUCAGAAAAGCUUACAGGCUCAUAUCAAACGCCGCCAUAAGAGAGCUCGAAAACAAGUUACCUGUGCUUCGCUUGAAAAAGUUCGUCCUCAUAUUGCUCCGCCACCAACUGAAAUCACUGAAAUCCCUAAAAGACUGCUAGACAGGGACCAUCUAUACUAUAUUCCACCAGAGCAGCACACCAUGAUGUCACUACCGUCUAUGCAACAAAUGCCACACGAGCAACAUAAUCAGUCACAUAAGGAUCUUCAGGUUCCUCCCCCAGAACUAUCUCUAAGUCCGCCUUUUCCCAUCCAGUGGGAAACUGUUAGUGUUUUUACAAGAAAACAUAACAAUUUAACAGUUGAUCAUAUUCAGAAUAACUCAGAUUCUGGUGCUAAGAAGCCAUCACCUCCUGACUAUUAUCCUGAGUAUCAAAGUCAACCAGUGGUAUCGUCCCCUUGUCAUAUUAUGCCUCAAAAACAGCAUUAUGCACCACCUCCAUCUCCAUCAUCACCAGUAAACUGUCCAAUGCCAUAUCCUCAUCAGGAUGUAGAUACUCCUAACUUGGUUUCUAGCCAAGUGCCAGCUCUAACCGCGACCUAUGAUCUAUCACUUGGACAUAUUAUUGCCCAGGUGCCACCUCAUAUGAAUUCUCCUCCACCAUGUGCUCCCCAGUCUCAAAAUGGUAAUCCAUCUGCACGUGAAUUUGCUUUUCACCCUUUUCACCACUAUAACCCUAACUUUUUACCUCAGUUCACUGAAAAUCAAGAAACUUUGAGCCCUCAGUUUACACAAACAGAAGCAAUGGAUGAUAGAAGAUGGCCUGCAUGGAAAGAAGUGCCACCUCCUCCAACCCUACAUGGUGGAUCACAUCAUUCAUACCAGAGAAGACACAGACCAUAUUAAGCAUGAUAAUAGUAUUUUGAGCUGAAGACCUGAUGGGAAAAAAAACUUCAACUUCUAUACUGUACUGUGGAUAAGUGGCUUAGUUCGGCACAGCUGUAGUUUAACAACUUUGUUCCUCUGGUGUGGUAAAUUGACCUAAAGGUGACCUCUAAUGAUUUCUUGAAAUAAAUAUGCAUUGUUACAUUUUCA